UUUGUGCUAUUUUAUCUAGCUAGCCUGCGCGUUAGCAAGACCAGAACACAGCUAGUUCGUAUAGCUAAUGGUACAUGUCUCCGCAUAGGUUGUCAGUGUUAAUCAGGUACUUGUCAAAUAAUAAUCAGCUAGCUAACGUUCCCUAACGCUAGGUAUGAUUCGUUUUGAUUUCUUUCAAUCGUUAAAAUGUUAGAGGCCAUGUAUUUUCUGUCGUAAGUAAGCAACCGCGGUUAGUGUUGAGAUCUUCUGAAGGGGGGUGUCUAGUGUGGGGGUGACAUGUGAUUCCGUGGGCUCUUGGAGGCAUCAAGGGAAUCGCCAUGGAAUUGUCGGAUUCAGUGGGACACGGGAAUGGAAGGAGGCGGAGGCCCGUGGUUUCAGCGGACAGGAGAGACGGCGAGGGCGUUACCCGCUCCGACUCGGAAGCGGAGGAAGAGCCUUUGCUGCAGGGGUCGGAUGCAGAUGACGGUCACCCCGCAGUACGCCGGGGCAUCAGGGGGGAGCUGGGGGACGUGUCCCUGCUGCUCUUCCUCUAUGUGUUACAGGGAAUACCCUUGGGGCUAGCGGGGAGCAUACCUCUGAUCAUGCAGAGCAAGAACGUCAGCUACAAAGACCAGGCCUACUUCAGCCUGGUGUUCUGGCCCUUCAGCCUCAAGCUGCUGUGGGCGCCCCUGGUGGACGCCUUGUAUCUCCAGCGGUUCGGGCGCAGGAAGUCGUGGCUGGUCCCGACCCAGUACUUCCUGGGCCUCUUCAUGCUGUACCUGUCGGCCACGGUGGACUCGCUGCUGGAGGGCGACGGGCGAAAGGGCCCAGACGUUCUCGCCAUCACGGCCCUCUUCUUCGCGCUGUCCUUCCUGGCCGCCACGCAAGACAUCGCGGUGGACGGCUGGGCGCUGACCAUGCUGUCCCGGGAGAACGUGGGCUACGCCUCCACCUGCAACUCGGUGGGCCAGACGGCGGGCUACUUCCUGGGCAACGUGCUGUUCCUGGCCCUUGAGUCGGCCGACUUCUGCAACAAGUAUCUGCGGUUCGAACCCAAGGACACAGGCAUCGUCACCCUCUCAGAUUUCCUGUUUUUCUGGGCGGUUGUGUUCAUGGUGACUACCUCGCUGGUCGCUGUCCUCAAAAAGGAGGACGUGACGCAGCCAGCAGGACAGAGGUUAAGGGAGGAGACUCAGGGGGUCCAGGAGACCUACAGGCUGCUUCUCUCCAUCAUCAGAAUGCCAGCUGUCCUCACCUUCUGCUGCCUUCUGCUCACUGCCAAGAUGGGCUUCUCAGCAGCGGAUGCAGUGACGGGGCUGAAGCUGGUGGAGGCAGGUGUGCCCAAAGAGAGGUUGGCACUGCUGGCGGUACCAAUGGUACCCCUUCAGAUCCUGCUGCCCCUUAUUAUCAGCAAGUACACCGCUGGGCCCCGUCCCCUUGACAUAUUCUACAAGGCCUUCCCCUUCAGGUUGCUGAUGGGGCUGGUGUACGCUCUGCUGGUGUGGUGGACCCCCAGAGUGAGGCAGGAAGGGGGCUUCCCCAUAUACUACUAUGCUGUGGUUCUGCUAUGCUAUGCUGUCCAUCAGGUGGCGCUGUACAGUAUGUACGUGGCUACAAUGGCUUUCCACGCCAAGGUCAGUGACCCAGUGAUUGGGGGUACGUACAUGACCCUGCUGAACACCGUGACCAACCUGGGGGGGAACUGGCCCUCCACGCUGGCACUGUGGCUGGUGGACCCACUCACCACAAAGGAGUGCCAGGGGCCUGCUGGACAGAGCUGUGGAACACCAGGGGAGGUCGAGCUGUGCUCUCAGGAGGGCGGUGUGUGCGUGACCUCUCUGGAUGGUUAUUACGUGGAGUCAGUGGUGUGUGUUCUGAUCGGCUUCGGCUGGUGGUUCUGGUUGGGGAAGAAGAUGAAAAGCCUGCAGGAGGAGAGUCCCUCUGCUUGGAAGUGCCGGACAGCUUAGUGACCCCCUGUCCUUUGACCUCUCCUCCUUCUCUCUCCUCUCCCCUUCCCCCUACCCCUUUUUUCCUACGUGAAGGCUUUAAUAAUGCUGCUGGACAGUAAGCUCACGAGGACUGUCUCUCAGGAAGGGAAAGGGUUAAAUCCGCCUGAUGUUACCACGUCUUCACCUUCGCCUGUCUUACUGUUUUUGCAAUCAUUGACUGGAAACCGUAGAUGGGAAAGGCUCCCAUUCCUCUUAGCACAGAUACUCUACUCCCCACAGACCCUCUGCUCUUAGCACAGAUACUCUACUCCCCACACAGACACUCUGCUCUUAGUACAGAUACUUUACUCCCCACAUAGACCCUCUGCUGUUAGCACAGAUACUCUACUCCCCACACAGACACUCUGCUCUUAGCACAGAUACUCUACUCCCCACAUAGACCCUCUGCUCUUAGCACAGAUACUCUAUUCCCCACACAGACGCUCUACUCUUAGCACAGACACUCUACUCCCCACACAGAUACUCUUCUCUGUAUAGACGCUCUCUCAGACUCUCCUCCCACUUUAUGAGCUGGAAAAGUUCCUUUAAUUUUUGUACACAGUGUAUUCCACUGCUUGGGUGGAGAGCAUUUCUCAUGUGCCACAAAUGAAAUAUGUUAAGAAUAAUGUCUAUAUUCAAAAACACAGAAGAGGCUAGUUUGAUCAGUGUUAAGUGUGCCUUUGAAAAAGAAGGAAAUGAAUAUCUGUGCUGCUCUAAUUUGACACUAUACCAGUUUAAGGAUACCUGCUGUUUUGUUAAAUUUUUAAUGGAAGUAGCCAUAUUGUUGUAGGGUUUAAUUGAAUCUGAUUUUGCUUUUUAGAUCUAUUUUGUGGUUCACGGUGCUCUUUGAAUACGAGCUGAAAGGGAAACGUGUCUUUGAGCUUUUUGGCACAUUUACAUUCAGGCAUUUGGAUUUUGUGCCGAAUAUCAGAACUUUUUUUUCACUUUCUGUAAUUAUCAUCAAAGAUUUAAAUCAGACUUGAAUUUACUUUUUUUGGUGUUUUUAUUAUGGUUUAAAUGAAUUGUAACUGGGGUAUUAUUCGGUUCCAGGGAUGUUAGUUCCCAUAAUACCAUAAUACCUUGGAGUAAGUGCUUCUUCAGUACAGGACAGAAAAGAAUAACAACUCAUAGCUUUGUUUUAUCAUUGCAGAAGUGCAGACGACAAGUCAAACUGAGUGUAGGAGUUUGCUCAUUUGUAUCAAAGAGUGAAGGACACACGCCCCCCUCCUCAAAUGUGUAUGAAACCCCUGAUUUAAGGAAGUAAGACUGAGUAACUAAAGAUGACAAUACAUUGAAUGGAAGUGUUUGACUGUAUGGUUCACCACUGAACGCAGAGGAAGGGGGUGUGUGGUCAUGGGACUUAACAAAGGUGCACUUGUACAGAUUACCUGAUUGGUCAGAAUUCCUGCUUGAUUUGCUUCAAAGUCACCCUGAAUAGACCAACGGUAUGUACGCAGCACUUCAGAAUUAAUGCUGCUGUUAUCAUGGGUUAAACAUUACAUUAAAAUUGUAAGGACGGGAUGCUGUCUGAGUCCAAAACGCAUUAAGUGAGAGACAGCUCCUCUGAUGCAGUAGAUUUAUUUAAAUGUCUAAAGUGGUAUAGAGUAUCAAAGUCGCGUGCCUUUGGGAAUCGUGUCAGGUGACCUUGUCCUUGGAAAGAAAUGGCAGCUGUUACUUAGGAGCAAUACUGAGACUGAUCUGUAUAUAUUACACUACAUUAUG